AUGGGGAAGCUGCCAAUAAAGUUGGACCAAUCUAUACCCAAGGUUCCAGUGACAGCUCAUGAGUAUUGUGAAAGGUAUACACUGAUUGGUCCAUUAUCCAUCAAGACAGCAUCUGCAGAAGUGGAAGCAGAAAAUCCUCAUAUUAAAGGAGUUCUUGAUAGAAUGUCAAACAAAAGUGUAAUAUGGAUAUAUGACAUUACUGAUAAAAUUGGUUUCAGAAGGCCGCAAGAUAUGGGGGAAAUCAAUAAUGUGGUGGUUGACCCUUUUGAAUUAUUAACUGAUGAAGACAAAGUGUUACUGAAAUGUCAUGUCAUGGCACUAAAAUCUAGCAUAAUUCCAUCAAUAUUAGCUCAUAAUAUUGUUUGA